AAAAUAAAAUUGACAUUGUGACAAAAAUUGUGUAAAAUAAAUACUGUGUUUAUAAAGGAUAAACAUACCUACAUUAGUUAUUAAAAUUAUACACAAUAUACGUUAAUAUCUUAACUUAUUCAAAGUGCUAAAACCAUUUACAAAUAUGGAUCAAAUGCUGCCGAGUCCCUACAACAUACCGGGAAUAGGUACUCCACUGCAUCAGCCUGAAGAGGACCAACAAAUUCUGCCCAAUGCCUUGCAACAACAGCAGGCCCAGCAACAGCAACAACAUUCCUUGGUUUCCUUGAGCUCGUCGCCGCUUGCAGGAUUUGGCGCGCAACUUAUGGGCACCCCACAACGAACCAUCCACACCUAUGCUCCAACCGCCAGCUAUGCAACGCCUCAGCAGAUGAUGCAGCCACAAACUCCGCAAAACUUAAUGUCGCCAAUGAUUACGGGAAGUACGAUAGCUGGUCAACAGAUACUGGGCCAAGCCAGUCCUGCUCCCAUGACACCUAUGACACCACAUUCAGCUGAUCCUGGAAUAUUACCUCAAUUACAAAAUAUAGUAUCUACAGUGAAUCUGAACUGCAAACUGGAUUUGAAGAAAAUUGCUUUACAUGCCCGGAACGCAGAGUACAAUCCAAAAAGAUUUGCUGCUGUUAUUAUGAGAAUAAGAGAGCCGAGAACUACUGCUUUAAUAUUUUCAUCUGGCAAAAUGGUGUGCACCGGAGCUAAAAGUGAAGAGGAUUCCCGAUUAGCUGCAAGAAAAUAUGCUAGAAUUAUUCAGAAACUUGGCUUCACUGCAAAAUUUUUAGACUUCAAAAUACAAAACAUGGUUGGCAGUUGUGAUGUCAAAUUUCCUAUCCGUCUUGAAGGCCUAGUGCUUACACAUGGACAAUUCAGUUCGUAUGAACCAGAGCUUUUUCCUGGACUCAUUUAUAGAAUGGUGAAACCUAGAAUAGUAUUAUUAAUUUUUGUUUCUGGAAAAGUAGUGUUAACUGGUGCCAAAGUGCGUCAAGAAAUAUAUGAAGCAUUUGAUAACAUUUAUCCAAUAUUAAAAAGUUUUAAGAAACAAUAGACUGAUGCGUGAUGAGUUGUUGUUUAUACCUAUGUGUCCACUUUUAAUUUAAGUUACUUUUGUUUGUAUCUUGUUAAUAAAUUUAAGAAUCUAAAGAA